AAACAUAUAAUUAUUUCGUCAAUGCUUUUAUUAUUAAAAAUGAGGUAAUUACAUUUUACUUAUCAGAGUUGCUCUUAAAUUUUGCUUUUUUUAUCUCCAAAUAUAUUUAUCGGUCGCUUGUUUGAAAUUAUAGUGUUGUAUUGUCGCAACAGCCUAUUCAGUUAGGUUUAUAUUUUGCCUAGUUGGCAUGUGAAUAUUUAUCUUAAUCAAUAGCAACUUACUUCUAGUGUAUGUAAAUACCUAUUUGACAUAUUUCGUUAAUAUUAUCUAUUAGUCCCUCACUCCUAGGGAUGAGGUGAUACGUUGGAUGAGCGUAACGCGGGACCGAUCAUCGUGGAUAUCUUUGGGGGAGGCCUUUGUCCUGCAGUGUACGACCUCCAGCUGAUAUGAUGAUGAUGAUCUGUUAGUCUUUUCUCUUUAAGAUACCUACUCUUUAAAACUCAAAUCAAUAUUACAAUUUCUGGAUGGAUCAUUAGCUUCCAAUAAAAACAUCACCUAAACAGGAGAGUUGAUAAAUAUAUCAAAUAUCUAUAGGGCAUGUGUUAUCAGACAGAUAGCUCAGCGGUAACAACCGUUGAGUUAAGGGCAUUGAAGACAAAAUUACCAGAGGGGAUAUAUUGAAUCACGCAUCGUCCAAAAUUUACUACUUCUAUCCCACAUUCUCUGCCCGAAUCGUCGGGAAGCCAAUACUUUGUGUACGGAUCGAUCGUUUGGCAUCGUGUAAAGACUUCGCUUCAUUAUGUUUGUAUUGUGAAGUCAUCGUGCUGUAUUACCACCCAGACACACUCGGCAGCUGAACCACUCUUUAAGCCUUAAGAAACAUGACCUUAAAUUAGGUUCCAGUCAGCUGAUGCAACCUCCACGUCCUUUUACAAUGAUUAUCUGCCCCAUCGUACAUUAGUAUAUUAUUAUUUUAAGAUACUUAUCCAAAUAUUAUUUGCCAAUAACUCACUCAGUAGCCCAACCAAAGUAAUUUACGUGGCAUAAGUGAUAACAAUAACGAUAAUAUAAUUUUAUACUUUACAGUUAAACUAUUAGUAGCUGGUAAUGAACAGUACGAUGAAAUGUACACAGAACUGACCAAUCCAUGUAAUAAGAAUGGAACUAUGUUGAAGCAAUCUGUUGAUUUGAAGGAAAACAAGAAAAUUAUUCCAGUUAAAAUGUCGAAUUCAGACAAUGUUAACGGACCAACGCACAAUCAAACUAUUGCUUCCAAGAGAACUAAUAAAAUACAUUCAGAGUCAAAUACCAGUAUUAUUGGUGAAACAACCAAACAUAACACAAUAUAUAGAUAUAAAAAGUUUCAAUCGGUUAAUAUUAGUAGAACAACGCCCAACGAAACUGAUGCUUCAAAGGAACAUAAUACAUGUGAAAUGUCUGAAUCCAGUAAUGUUAGUGCAACAACGUCCAAUCAAUGCAGUUAUUUAAAACAACUUACAGGUCAACACAACAAAAACAACAAUAAAGUAAUACAUACAAGUGGUAAAUCUUAUGCAUGCAAUGUGUGUGGUAAGAGUUUCAAUAAACCUUCUAAUUUGAAGACACAUAGUAGAAUACAUAUCGGUGAUAAACCAUAUACAUGUAAUGUCUGUGGUAAGAGUUUCAUUGUAUCUAGUAAUUUGAAGAGACAUAGUAGAAUACAUUCCGGUGAUAAACCAUAUACAUGUAAUGUGUGUGGUAAGAGUUUCAUUGAAUCUGGUAACUUGAAGAGACAUAGUAGAAUACAUACCGGUGAUAAACCAUAUACAUGCAAUGUGUGUGGUAAAAGUUUCAUUGAAUCUAGUACUUUGAUAAGACAUAGUAGAAUACAUACCGGUAAUAAACCUUACCCUUGCAAUGUGUGUGGUAAGAGUUUCAAUCAGUCUAUUAAUUUGAAGACACACAGUAAAAUACAUAUCGGUGAUAAACCAUAUACAUGUAAUGUGUGUGGUAAAAGUUUCAUUAAAUCUAGUACUUUGAUGAGACAUUGUAGAAUACAUACCGGUAAUAAACCUUACCCUUGCAAUGUGUGUGGUAAGAGUUUCAAUCAGUCUUUUAAUUUGAAGACACACAGUAAAAUACAUAGCGGUGAUAAGCCUUACCCCUGCAAUGUGUGUGGUAAGAGUUUUAAUGUAUCUAGUACUUUGAAGACACAUAGUAGAAUACAUACCGGUGAUAAACCAUAUACAUGCAAUGUGUGUGGUAAGAGUUUUAAUCAAUCUAUCAAUUUGAAGACACAUAGUAGAAUACAUACUGGUGAUAAACCUUACUGGUGCAAUGUGUGUGGUAAGAGUUUCAACCAAUCUACUAAUUUGAAGACACAUAGUAGAAUACAUGAUAAACCUUACAUAUGGAGUCUGAGUGGCAAGAGUUUUGGUGAAUGUAGUAAAUUGAAGGGACAUAGUAGAAUACAUACUGGUGAUAAACCUUACCCAUGCCAUGUAUGUGAUAAGAGUUUCAUUAAUACAUGUCAUUUGAAGAUACAUAGUAGAAUACAUACCGGUGAUAAACCUUACCUGUGCAAUGUGUGUGGUAGAAGUUUCAAUCAAUCUACUAAUUUGAAGACACAUAGUAGAAUACAUGAUAAACCUUACAUGUGCAAUCUGUGUGGUAAGAGUUUUGCUGAAUCUAGUAAAUUGAGGGUACAUAGUAGAAUACAUACUAGUAAUAAACCUUACCCAUGCAAUGUAUGUGAUAAGAGUUUCAUUGAAUCUAGUUCUUUGAAGAGACAUAGUAGGAUACAUACCGGUGAUAAACCAUAUACAUGCAAUGUGUGUGGUAAGAGUUUCAUUGAAUCUAGUAAUCUGAAGAGACAUAGUAGAAUACAUACCGGUGAUAAACCAUAUACAUGCAAUGUGUGUGGUAAAAGUUUCAUUGAAUCUAGUACUUUGAUGAGACAUAGUAAAGUACGUCAUACCGGUGAUAAACCAUAUAAAUGUAAUGUAUGUGGUAAGAGUUUCAAUGUGUUUAACACUUUGAAGAAACAUAGUAAAAUACAUACCGGUGAUAAACCUUACCCGUGUAACGUCUGUGGUAAGAGUUUCAAUCAGUUUAGUACUUUGAACACACAUAAUAGAAUACAUACCGGUGAUAAACCUUAUACAUGCGACAUUUGUGCGCAGAAAUUUAAUCAAAAACAAUAUCUUAUUAAACAUUUACAGAAACAUAUGUUAUAAUAAUAACUUCUAUAUUUCUCUUGUGUUUAUAAAAGCCUCCUAGUUAGUUUGUAAAUAUUGACCUGUUUCUAUGUAUGUCUCAACGAGUUUCGGAUUUGAAAACAUUAGAAAGAUCUUAUUAUUUUACAAACGUAAAAGGUUAGAUAUAAUUCGUUACAUUAUUUGAACUUUUUAAGGACAUUAAAAGUUUAUGAGACUUCACGAAGGAGAAAGUUUUUAAUAUUUCAAUACUACACUAAAACUCCCGUUUGUGUUUUCAGACGAUGUAUCAGAUUCUGGUAUAAUUUAUAAACUAGAUGAUAAUUUGUAUUAUGGAUAUAUAAGUAUGUAUUUCUAAGUCAAAAACAUAGGUUCCGGAUAAGUUAUCACCAACAUUAUAUCAUCUUAAUAUAUAUAUAAAUUAUGUGACACGUUAUUUGUCCGCGAUGGACUCCUAAACUUAUGAGCGGAUUUAAAUGGGGAUUACUUCAUGGAGUGCAGUUUAGUCCAACUUGGGAGAUAGGAUAGUUUUUAUUUCGAUUAUUGAUUAUAUGAUUUUCAAUAUUUGUUUUUUAUGGACAUAUUUUCUGUGAGAGAAUUUAUUAGAAACAAUUUCAUUAUAACAAUAAGGACCAUAUGUUACGAAAUAAUUCUCGAUGUUAUGAAAAAUUAUUGAGAAAUUCAUAAAAAAAAAACAGUAUUUUAUUUAUUAUGUACUGAACAACGUCUGUCGGGUCAGCUAGUAUACUAUAUAUUCUCCGAAACACUCUGCAUCUUAUGGUAGUUAAAUAGCUAACUUGUAGUUAGUUAGAAUCCUAAGUAUUUUUACUACCAAAUUCUUAAAUAAGGUGUUAAAUGCGUAAAAACAAACUCCAUUUGGAUUUAAGUAAGUAUGAUAUUAGUUAGGUUCUUACAUAUAAGGUACAUGUUAACUAAUUAAUCUUUUCUUUCUUUAUUGUUUUUGGCAAUUUCAAUGUCGCCCACUGAGGCCCACAUUUUUAUUUCCUUUUUUUAUUAUUUGUGUUAUUUUAAUGUACCAAGAAAAAGUGAUGUGCAAGAAAUGUAUUUAGUUUUCUGUCAUAGAUUUUUGUUAACAUUAAUUUAUUAAAAUAUACAAAAAGCUUAUA